AUGGCUCGGCUCAGGCGGAAGGCAUGUGUGGCUCUCUUCCUCUUUACGCUCUUUGUAUUCGGGACUCUGAUGGGUCUGCGGACCCUGAAGCCCACGGAGGGCUUUUCGGACCUGGCACCGGGGCUAGAGUUCAUGCCCCUCAUAGGGGGUAAGCUGGACCGCCGCUCUGCGGCCAGCGACGCAGCUGUAUCCCAAGGUGGACCCCGGAAUGCACCCAUCGGGGACGCAAAAGCAGCAGCCGUAAAUUCUGGCCAGGAUAAAGGAAUUUUCUACGAUGUCCACAUAUUUUAUUACAUGUGGUACGGACACCCACAAACCGAUGGGAAGUACUUGCACUGGGACCACGUUUUAGUCCCACACUGGGACCCGAAGAUUGCCGCAAGUUACCCUACGGGAAAGCACUCUCCUCCGGACGACAUAGGAUCCAGCUUCUAUCCAGAGUUGGGUCCUUACAGUUCCCGGGACCCGGAGGUGUUGGAGUCGCACAUGGAGCAGAUCGAAGCGGCGGGAGCAGGGGUGGUGGUGGUGUCCUGGUACCCGCCUGGCCAGGCCGAUGACAACGGGGAGCCCACAGAGGACAUAGUGCAGGCGGUCCUGGAGGCAGCUCACAGACAUGGACUUAAGGUGGCCUUUCACAUCCAGCCUUACCCAGGAAGAAGUGACCAAACUGUGCACGAGAACGUCAAGUACAUCAUUGACAGGUACGGCGAGCACGGCGCCUUCUACCGCUUCUCCGCCACCUCGGGCCGCGUGCUGCCUCUGUUCUACGUGUACGACUCGUACCUGACGCCGCCCGAGGCCUGGGCCGAGCUGCUGACCUCCUCGGGCUCGCACAGCCUGCGCGGCUCGGCCUACGACGCCCUCUUCAUCGGCCUCCUGGUGGAGGAGCGCCACAAGCAUGACCUCCUGGCCGCCGGCUUUGAUGGCAUGUACACCUACUUCGCCUCCAACGGCUUCUCCUUCGGCUCCUCGCACCAGAACUGGAAGUCGGUCAAGGCCUUCUGCGACGGCAACGGCCUGCUGUUCGUGCCCAGCGUGGGGCCGGGCUACAUCGACACGUCCGUGCGGCCCUGGAACAACCACAACACGCGCAACCGCAUCAACGGCCGCUACUACGAGACGGCGCUGCAGGCGGCGCUGAGCGUGCGGCCCGAGCUGGUCAGCAUCACCUCCUUCAACGAGUGGCACGAGGGCACGCAGAUUGAGCGCGCCGCGCCCAAGAAGACGGUGACGCGCCUCUACCUGGACUACCAGCCGCACACGCCCGAGCUGUACCUGGAGCUGACGCGGCGCUGGGCCGAGCAGUUCAACAAGGAGAAGGAGCAGUGGCUCAUGUGA